AUGCCACACAUUAACUCCUGGUUUUGGUAUAUUCUCGAGAAUUACAUUUAUGCCAUCCCCGAGCCGCCACCACAUACGCGGACAAAGCCACUGGAGGUAAUAUGCGUCGGGCUGCCCCGGUCCGCGACACAUAGUUUGAAGGAGGCACUCAUCAUUCUAGGCCACGAGAAUGUGUAUCAUGGUUUUGAUGUCCUCCGAGAGCAGCCCGUGCCACGUAUGCGUGCCUGGGGACGGUUGACACGGCUGAAGCACUUUCCCAACCUCUCCUCCACGGCCCCCUAUCCCGGGCCCGUCAACACUCCCACAGGCCUCCUCAACUCCUCACACUUUGACCCGCUGAUCGGACACUGCACCGCGUUGAUCGACUCACCGGCAAGCGUCUUCGCCGCCGACCUCAUCCACGCGUACCCCAACGCCAAGAUCAUCCUCAACACGCGCACCAACGCCGAUGAUUGGCAACGAAGCGUGAACGAUGCCAUUCUGCGGCCACUGAUCUCCUACCCCGGCAUCCUCAUCCAAUACCUCGACCCCACCUUCUUCUGGAUGUACCACGUUUUCUGCCGCCUGAUCGACCCAGCCCUCUUCCGCGCCAGCCACCCCUCCGCAUCCGGCAUCCACGACGCCAUGGCCGGCAAAGGGCGCGCCACCAAGAUCGAGCACGAGGCCAUGGUGCGCGGCCUCAUGAUCGGCCAGGAGCAUCGGUUUCUCGAGUGGAGCGUGCAGGAUGAUUGGGAGCCGCUGUGUGAGUUCUUGGGCAAGGAGAAGCCCGAGAAGGAGUUUCCGAGGGCGAAUACGACAAGGGACAUUGGCGAGUUGGAGAUGGAAGUGUUGCGGCAGGCGGGACUGAGGGUUUUGAAGAGGCUGUUGGUACUGGCGGCGGUGGGGGUUGCGGUGGGGGCGAUGGUCUGGAAGAAGAGGGGAGGCGGGCCUGAGCUUCUGAGCUUUUGA